UUCUCUGCCAAAACCAAAGCUCAAUCUUACAACCCUUUCCUGCGAACUGAUCACCGAUCGAUUCCACUCUUAAGACAAUUUUCCUCUGUCAUGCCAAUAGAUCUUAUUUUCUUGUUCCAACAUUGAACAUUAUAAAGGAAAUCUAAAGCUAGAAAGGUACUAAUCAUAUAUUCCCUUAACAUGCAUCUCAUUUUAUUUGGUUUAUACAUCCGGCUUUUCUUUUCAUUAUGAUAUGAUUUUAACAACUGCUAACAAUUACUGCCCUUUUGCCUUGUUUCUGGUACUGAAAUCGGCCCUUGGGUUGGAAUCAAUUGAAGAGAAGCGUUCGCUUAACUAAAAUCAAAGCAGAAUCAAAGCACCCUCCAUACUCAUCACUCUUCCUUUUUAUCUUGUUUGAACUUCGAAGGCAUCUCCCCUGCUUUUAGCAUUAGAAGUGAUAUGAGCGACAGCAGGUGUUGAUUACAGCUGGAUUCACGAGCUCUGCUUUUCUUUGUCUAUUCUUUCUAUUUCUAUAUUGUAUACGGUCCCCGUUCCUUGACCAAAGUCACACCUCGCGUGGUUAAAACUCUGCAAUCUCUGCGACUCUCCCCCAAACACUCAAAAGGCUCUCACUCUGUUUUUUUCGCAGAAGCAGCUAAAGGGAAACGUAUGCUCCUGACUAGCCUCUGUUUUUUUCUUUUUCUUUUUUCUUUUUUUCACCUUUUUUGGUUUAACACAAGCAUAAUUAGUUUAGUUUCUUUGUAAAUCUUAAUCAUAUAUAGAUGAUCUACUUAGUAAUGGCAAGUACUAAAAGACAAAAAAAAAA